AUGGACACGGCGGCAGAAGUCUGGAUGGCAAUCAAAACUAUGUUUGCCACCCAAUCCAGGUCGCGGGUAUCAAACCUGCGCGUUGCCCUCGCCAAGAAGAAGAAGGACAACAUGACAUCGGCGCAGUUCUUCACCAAGAUGAAGGGACUCGCUGAUGAGCUCGCUACAGCGGGUCGGCCGAUCGACGAGGAAGAACUCGUGGAGUAUCUCCUCGCCGGCUUCGACGACACCUACAACCCCCUCUUCGCCGCCAUCGGGGUCAAUGGUGCUGAAGACCUCACCGUGAGCGACCUCUACGCUCAAGUCCAAGCCUAUGAGAAUCGCAUCGAGCUCCUCUCCGACAUUGGGGGCUUCGUCAAUGCUGCAGCCCGUGGACGCGGAGGAAACCGCGGGCGCGGCCACUAUGGUGGACGCAGAGGCGGCCGUGGCUAUGGUGGCCGCGGCGAAGGUGGACGCCACCUGUCGUUGCCUAAUCGACGCGCCGCCGCCGCGCUCUCCGGCGUGCGGGGUCACGUCACCGGUGCCCCUCCCACAGCCCCAAACGGCGAGAACGGCGCCGCAGGUGGCUGGCUCUACGCGUGCAACCACCGCACACUCCUCGACCCGAUUGCCAUCUCCAGCGCUCUGGGGAAGCCCGUUUUCGCCGUGACGUACAGCCUGAGCCCCCUGUCGGAGCUGCUCUCGCCGAUCCCGCUGCUCCGGCUCACCCGUGGACGCGACGAAGACCAGCGCCGCAUGUCGUCGCUGCUGACGCGCGGCGACGUCGUGGUCUGCCCCGAGGGGACCAUGUGUCGGGAGCCGUACCUGCUCCGACUCAGCCCCCUGUUCGCCGAGCUCGCCGAUGAGGUGAGCCCCGUGGCUGUGGACGAGCGCUCGACCAUGUUCUAUGGCACGUCGACGUCACCGGCCGCCAAGUGCUUCGACUCGGUCUUCUUCCUGAUGAACCCACGGCCGGAGUACUCCGUCCAGUUCCUGGAGCCGGUGCCCACGGAAAACCCACGCGACAGCAUUGAGGUGGCGAGCCAACUGCAGGGCGUGCUCGCCGGCACGCUUGGGUUCACGUCAACGACGCUGACGCGGAAGGACAAGUACUUGCUGCUCGGUGGCAACGAGGGGGUCGUGGCGACCAAGAGAAGCAAAGCCACCUAG